AUGCCUAGGUAUUUAAGAUCUGAUGCCUCUCUUUCACCUGAAGUAAUUCGUAAAAUUAUGGAUGCUAAGAGUGGGUCAGAUAAUCAAAGCUUAGAUAAUCCUAAUAUUACUUCUCUGCCUCAGAAUAAUAUAUUGGAAGACACUUCGCUAGAAUGUAACACUGCUCCUGAUAGCAAGAAGAAAAAGACUGGAGGAAAGAAACAAUCCCAAGGGGGUCAA